AUGUCAAAAGGACCUCAAAAAUUAAAUUUUAUUUUAUUUACAUUAUUUUUGUCUAUAAAUUUAUGUCUCUCCCUUUCCCAAUCUCAACAAAAUCCUAAUUUUGUUGCUAGGCUAAGUAAAUAUGGUAUUGACUUUUUUGGUUUAAUUGGCCAUAAAUUGGUCAACAAAGAAUUACCUAAAACUAAUUUUCCCGAUAUUUUACUUCCAAUUGAUGAUGGACCUGGAUCAGGUAUUUUUUUAUUUUUAAAUUUUUAUCACGCCUAUAGCAAUAUUAGUAAAUACAUUUUGGUGCAUAAGUUUCUACUAAAACUCAAAUUAUCUUUUUAA